AUGAUUAAAUUACCUUUUAUGAGAACUAAGCCACAUAUUAAUUUAGGGACAAUAGGUCAUGUAGAUCAUGGGAAAACUAGUUUAACUUCAGUUAUUACUAAAGUUUUAGCUUUAUUAAAUAAAAAGACAAAAGCUAAAUCAUAUAAAGAAAUUGAUUCUUCCAAAGAAGAACAGAUUCGUGGUAUAACUAUUAAAACAACUCAUGUUGAGUACGAAACAACUAAAAGGCAUUACGCCCACAUAGACUGUCCCGGACACGCUGAUUAUGUUAAAAAUAUGAUAAUUGGAGCUACACAAAUGGAUGGUGCUAUUUUAGUAGUCUCUGCCUCCGAGGGUCCCAUGCCCCAAACUAGGGAACAUAUUUUAUUAGCAAAACAAAUAGGUAUUCAAAAGUUAAUAAUUUUUAUUAAUAAGGAAGAUUUAGUGCCCGACAAGGACAUUUUAGAUUUAGUUGAAUUAGAAAUUAAAGCACUACUGGAAGAGUACGGAUUUGAUGACCCAGACACACCGUGUGUUUCUGGGUCUGCUUACAAAGCUUUAGAAGCAUUACAAAAUAUGUCAGAUAUUUUAGAUGAAAAAAAUAUUUGGGUUUCUAAAAUUUUAACUCUAAUAAAUAUUAUAGAUAGUUACAUACCUGUACCUGUUCGUAGUGAAACUCUACCUUUAUUAAUAAGUAUAGAAAGUAUUUUUUCUAUAAUAGGACGAGGUACUGUAGUGACUGGUCGAGUAGAAAGGGGGAUUAUUGAAAUUAAUGAUACAGUAGAACUUAUUGGAUAUUAUUCUAAUAAAUUAGUCAGUGUUAUAAGUUUAGAAAUGUUUCAAAAAACUUUAUUUAAAUGCAUACCAGGAGACAAUAUAGGAGCUCUAUUACGAGGUGUGCAAAAAUCAGAGGUAAGACGGGGUAUGGUAUUAGCUAAACCAAAUUCGAUAAAAGUAUAUAAUACUUUUGAAGCUGAGGUAUAUAUUUUAAAAGCCGAGGAGGGGGGUAGAAAAAAACCAUUCUCUAUUGGGUAUAAACCCCAAUUUUUUAUAAGAACUGUUGAUAUUACUGGAACAGUUAUUAAAAUAGUUUCAAGCACAGCACAAAAUAAUUCUACUAUAAUUUUACCUGGAGAUAAACUUUGUCUUGAAAUUAAAUUAUUAUAUAAUAUAGCUUUAGAAAAAGGAAUGAGAUUUGCAAUACGAGAGGGAGGUAAGACUAUAGGAGCUGGAAUUAUUUUAAUAGUUAAAAGUUAA